UGCAAAAACCCUAGACGGAGGACGACAUAGACAUAAGCACCUUCUUUUGGUUACCGAACUGUGGCUAUUUUGAAGCGGCUCCUCCGAAGCUCCUCUCUUCGAUCCAGCCUUGCAGUUAGGUUUUAUAAUAACGAUAUGGCUUCCAAUACGGAGGGAGGGAGGAGUUUUGCGAGGAGAGAUCUGCUGCUCAGGAUCCAAACAGAGGUCCAAAAGGUCUGGGAGGAUCAUAAGGUGUUCAAUGCAGAAUCCCGAAGCAAGCCUCCUGAGCCUGGUGAGAAGUUCUUUGGUAACUUCCCCUACCCAUAUAUGAAUGGUUCAUUGCAUCUGGGCCAUGCUUUCUCCCUCUCCAAGUUAGAGUUUGGUGCGGCCUUUCACCGUUUGUGUGGCCGCAACGUGCUCUUGCCAUUUGCUUUCCACUGCACUGGCAUGCCCAUCAAAGCAUCAGCUGACAAGCUUGCCAGAGAGAUCCAAAAGUAUGGGAACCCACCAGUAUUUCCAUCGGCCGAGGAUGAUUCUGCCACAGAAGUAUCUGAGGAGGCCAAUACUGAAGAUGCUACUGUUGUUGCACGUGAUAAAUUUAAAAGCAAGAGGUCCAAGGCAACUGCAAAGUCUGGUGGCAAUAAAUCACAGUGGGAAAUUAUGAAGAGUUUUGGGAUUUCAGAGGGUGAGAUCUCAAAGUUUGCAGACCCAUAUCAUUGGCUAACCCAUUUCCCCCCUCUUGCUAAGGAAGACCUGAAAGCUUUUGGUUUGGGCUGUGAUUGGAGGCGCUCAUUCAUUACAACAGACAUGAAUCCAUUUUAUGAUUCAUUCGUUCAGUGGCAAAUGAGAAAGUUGAAGAAUAUGGGGAAGAUUGUAAAGGACAUGAGAUACACAAUCUAUUCUCCAUUGGAUGGGCAGCCAUGUGCAGAUCAUGAUAGAGCAUCUGGAGAGGGUGUUCAACCGCAGGAUUAUGUUCUGAUCAAGAUGGAGGUUGUUGUGCCUUUCCAAGGUAAACUGAAGAUUUUGGAAGGUAGGAAGGUUUAUUUGGCAGCUGCCACUUUGAGGCCGGAAACGAUGUACGGGCAGACAAACGCAUGGGUGCUUCCAGAUGGAAAAUAUGGAGCUUUUGAAAUAAAUGAUACUGAUGUUUUUAUCAUUACUCACAGGGCUGCACUUAAUCUUUCAUAUCAAAAGCUAUCUAAGGUUCCAGAGAAUCCAACUUGCUUGGUUGAGUUGUCUGGCCAUGAUUUGAUUGGCCUUCCAUUGAAAUCGCCUCUUGCAUUUAAUGAGAUAAUUUACUCACUACCGAUGCUUACAAUCCUGACAGACAAGGGUACAGGUAUAGUAACAAGUGUGCCCAGUGACUCUCCUGAUGAUUACAUGGCCUUGCUGGAUUUGAAAUCAAAACCGGCUUUGAGAGCAAAGUUUGGUGUGAAGGAUGAGUGGGUUUUGCCUUUUGAGGUCGUACCAAUCAUACAUAUUCCUGAAUUUGGAGAUAAAGCUGCAGAGAAGGUCUGUGUUGAUCUUAAGAUUAAGAGUCAGAAUGACAAGGAGAAGCUCACUGAAGCAAAGAAGUUGACUUACCUGAAAGGGUUCACAGAGGGGUUGAUGAUUGUUGGUGAGUUCAAGGGGAAGAAAGUUCAAGAAGCCAAGCCAUUGAUCAGGAAUGCACUUCUGGAAACUGGCCAAGCAGUUAUGUAUAGUGAGCCUGAGAAGAAAGUCAUGUCACGGUCUGGUGAUGAGUGUGUUGUGGCACUUACAGACCAGUGGUACAUCACAUAUGGUGAAGCUGAGUGGGAAGCAAAAGCAGAUGAUUGUUUGUCUAGCAUGAAGCUCUACAGUGAGGAAACACGGCAUGGAUUUGAGCACACGUUGAGCUGGCUGAAUCAGUGGGCAUGCUCACGGUCGUUUGGGCUUGGUACCCGCCUACCGUGGGAUGAGCAGUUUCUUGUUGAAUCACUUUCUGACUCCACCCUUUACAUGGCUUUCUACACUGUUGCGCAUUUGUUGCAUAAUGGGAACAUGUAUGGCUCAGAUUCUUCUAUGGUGAAACCUGCUCAGAUGACAGAUGAGGUUUGGGACUAUAUUUUCUGUGGUGGACCUGUCCCAAUAUCAGACAUCCCAGCUUCUCUUCUUAACAAUAUGAAGCAAGAGUUUGAGUAUUGGUACCCAUUUGAUCUCCGUGUUUCUGGUAAAGAUCUGAUACAAAACCACCUUACCUUUUGCAUUUAUAACCACACUGCUAUUCUGCCAAAGCACCAGUGGCCACUUGGUUUUCGUUGCAAUGGCCACAUUAUGCUUAAUUCUGAAAAGAUGUCCAAAUCCACCGGAAAUUUCAGGACUCUUCGCCAAGCUAUAGAGGAGUUUUCGUCAGAUGCUACUAGGUUUUCACUUGCAGAUGCAGGGGAUGGAAUGGAUGAUGCAAACUUUGUCUUUGAAACGGCAAAUGCUGCCAUAUUGAGACUCACCAAGGAGAUCUCCUGGAUGGAAGAAGUGUUGGCCGCAGAAUCAUCUUUGCGAGUGGGCUCCGCAUCUACUUAUGCUGACCGUGUGUUUGGCAAUGAAAUAAACAUUGCAGUUAGAUCAACAGAGCAGAACUACAAAGAUUUUAUGUUUAGAGAAGCUCUCAAAACUGGUUUUUAUGAUCUCCAAGCCGCGAGAGACGAGUAUAGAUUUUCGUGUGGGUCAGGGGGUAUGAACCGUGACUUAUUGUGGAGGUUUAUGGAUGUGCAGACUCGUCUGAUCACUCCCAUUUGCCCACAUUAUGCGGAGCAUGUGUGGAAACAUCUUUUGAAGAAAGAUGGCUUUAUAGUAAAUGCUGGUUGGCCAGCAGCAGAAACGCCUGAUCUUACUCUUAAAAGCGCUAACAAGUAUCUACAGGAUACGAUUGGAUUGAUGAGGAAACUUCUUCAAAAGCAAGUUGCCGGUCCGAAGAAAUCUAAAAAAGGUGCUCCCCCUCCUCCAGCUGAAGAAAACAAAUUUACAGUUGGUCUUAUAUAUGUCAAUGAACAGUAUGAUGGAUGGAAGGAGCAAUGCUUAAAUAUACUGCGAAGCAAAUUUGAUAUUCAAAAUAGAUCCUUUAAACCCGACCAAGAGAUUCUAGAAGCUCUAAGACAAAGUUCUGUUGGGCAGGAUGCAAACUUCAAACAGAUUCAGAAACUUUGCAUGCCUUUUCUGAGAUUUAAGAAGGACGAGGCUUUUGCUGUUGGUCCUCAAGCACUUGAUUUGAGGUUGCCCUUCGGUGAGAUGGAGGUUCUCAAUGAGAACUCUGAAUUGAUAAAGAGGCAAUUGGGUCUCGAACAUGUUGAAGUCUUAUCUGCAUCAGAUGCAGCUGCACUUAAUAAAGCUGGCCCUCACAUUUCAUUGGUCACUCAGAAUCCUCCUUCACCAGGCAAUCCAAUUUCCGUAUUCUUAAGUAGUUCAGAGUUUGAAACUCAUACCCAAUCGUAAGAAUCAACAAGUUUCUAUUGUUAAUUGCUUUCUUUUUUUGGUGUCAAGUCUUAUUUUUGCUUCAUUUGUAGGCUCUUAUCACUAUUUAUUUUUUCCAUUAUCAUUCUGAAAGUGCAGUUGUUGGCCUUUGAUAGUGAAUUUUUUUUUUUAUUUUACUUAGAAUGUAUGGGAGGUUUGCUUGUAAUGCAAUUAAGUUUAAGUUCAUUAGGAAAGAAGUUGCAGUUUUGGUUGGUUU